UUUAUGUCUACAGACUCUGAACUUCGGUGAAGUUGUAAGCUCGAUCUUAAUUUAGGAUAUCGUAAAAUUUUAUGUAUGUAGGUUCGUCAGUUUGCGUAUUUGCUGAAUAACGGUCGACCCAAAUUGUUUGAUUGUUAGAAUUAAACCCGAAUAGUUCGACGAAUUCAUUUGCGCAGUUACCAUUACACAGGUCUGAUGCUGCAGGGUGGCAUAUCAGUCUAAAUGUAGUUUGUUUAACUAAGGUGCUCGAGUCAACAGAACACCGUGCGGGUUGCUUUAUUAUGUAGCCACAAAUAUUGACGUAGGAUGGUCCCCGCACAGAUAAGGCACAGAAACAACAAGUAAUUGAAGAUACUAUCUAUAGGGAAGCGACGGUUGAGUUUGUAUCACUGAUUACAAGUACUCUGUUAAAACGUUCUCAUGUUUACUCGAGUCAUUAUCGAAGACACGAAGUUUCCGUGGAUCGGGCUGACCGACCACAAAUCCUCGGCAUUCCAGUAAUCUAUGAAGCUGCAAUAAUAGAUAAUGUAGUAAAAUUGCAGUUUGCGCGUGCGAACACGCAUCAUCUGUCCAUCAGAGUCGGGGAAUACGACAGGUAUCGUUUAUGGUAAGUAGUCAGCUAAAUGUACACGCGGCUAUUAUCUCCUGAGCGCAGUAAAGAAGUCCCGUACCUGUCUGCCUGAUUGUAAGAUGUUUGGUUUGGUUCACAUUUCGGCGAAAUGUGAGUCUUCUCAUAUUUUUUUAAGCGACAGGUGAGCUGCGAGAGCGGGACAGCGGGCGCGGCGGCGGGCGCGCUGUGAGCCGCGUACGAAAGCUCGGGGAGCGAGUGUGCACGAGAUAGUGUUGCGGCGGCUCGACCGGGGGCCGAUCGCGUCGCGUGCUGUGUCUCCGCACAACUUGAAACGUCAAAAACUUUACGUAAAUAUUUAAACCACCUGUGGUUGUUGAGAUAAAACUGUUUAUAAUAUAUGUGUGUUUUUGCGACUUUGUAGCUCUCGCUAUAAGUUAAUUUAGUUUAUAUAUCAGAGCAAUUCUGAUAGAAAUAAUAUCGUGUAUUCAGUUUUGUGGAAAGCAUCGUAUCGAGUGCAUGCCAGGAAGAUCCUGUUGCACCUUUAAUAACGUUGGUGUACAAAAAUGGUAAUACGGUGCGCGAGGCACGGUUCCGCGUCAAUAGCUCACAUAGCGACAUACCGACGAUAACUUAAAAGAAACUUGAUACCCAGCACCUUAUACAUCUUACAGCAAAUAAACCAAUAUGAAUUUAAAGUUCAUAUCAUUCCUGUUAACUUGGAAUUUUAUAUUAAUAUCAGCUAGACGAGACUCGUUUGAAGACGAAGAGACUUCGAGAUCCAGAGAGAUACGGAACAGAGAGAACAACCGAAAUAGGACCACGUUCAAUGGAACUCUUACUGAUUUACCUGAGAGGAGGAAUCUCAGACACAAGAACAGUUCAAGAUACAGAGGAGACAGGCGGAGGUGGGACAGAGAACACGAGAAUAGAAGAGAUCGGCGAAAAGGAACUGACGCACAUUCCCUCGAAGACAGCGCCAACAGGACUAUAGAACCCUACAGCUUGAAAAGAGAUGAAAAGUCACGGAGAACUGACAAACACUGGAACAGGAGCAGCGUCGAGAAGCCUUGGAACACAGCUCGGAGGCCGAUGAGCCAGAGCAAAGUACAAGAAAGAUCGCAUUUGCCAAUAAGGGAGAAUUUCACAAGGUCCAAACUGAAGACGGCAAACAAAUGGCAAACUGGCGGCUACAUACCGUACCCGCAGCCGAGGGAGAGGAAGCCGAACAUAAUAUUAAUCCUGACUGAUGACCAGGACGUCGAGUUGGGGAGCUUGAACUUCAUGCCGAGAACAAUGAAAGCCAUUAGGAGCGCCGGCGCGGAGUUCCGUCAUGCUUACACCACCACGCCCAUGUGCUGCCCGUCGAGGAGUUCGUUGUUGACCGGUGUGUACGUCCACAACCACAACGUGUACACCAAUAAUGACAACUGCUCGUCGCCGAUGUGGCAGGCCACGCAUGAGACCAACACCUUCGCCACAUACCUCUCAAACGCCGGAUACCGAACUGGUUACUUCGGGAAGUACUUGAACAAGUACAAUGGGUCCUACAUCCCGCCCGGCUGGCGCGAGUGGGGGGGACUCAUCAUGAACUCCAAGUACUACAACUACAGCAUCAAUAUGAACGGCAAGAAGAUUAAGCAUGGUGAUGAUUAUCAUAAGGAUUACUACCCCGACUUGAUAGCCAACGACUCGAUCGCGUUCCUGCGCUCGUCCAAGCGCCGGUUCUCCCGCAAGCCGGUGCUGCUGGUGAUGUCGUUCCCCGCUCCUCACGGACCCGAGGACUCCGCCCCGCAGUACUCCCAUCUCUUCUUCAAUGUUACUACACAUCACACACCGACUUACGACAUGGCGCCAAAUCCUGACAAGCAAUGGAUUCUCCGAGUGACUGACAAGAUGAAGCCGAUACAUCGUCAGUUUACCGACUUGCUUAUGACCAAGAGACUUCAGACGCUGCAGAGUGUCGACAUGGCUGUAGAACGCGUGUAUCAAGAGUUAAAAGCGUUGGGUGAACUUGACAACACGUAUCUAGUUUACACAUCCGAUCAUGGCUACCACUUGGGGCAGUUUGGUUUAGUCAAAGGAAAGAGUUUCCCCUUUGAGUUCGAUAUAAGAGUGCCUUUCCUCGUCAGAGGACCUGGAGUGGAACCUGGCACAGUUGUAGACGACAUAGUCCUGAACAUCGACUUGGCCCCAACGUUCUUGGACAUGGGUGGCGUGGAGCCGCCCGCGCAUAUGGACGGGCGCUCGCUGCUACCGCUGCUGCAGCCGCGACGCCGACGCCACGCAGCCGCGCACUGGCCUGACACGUUCCUAGUCGAAAGUUCUGGCCGGCGCGACAUGCCAGGCCUGGGCCACCGCUCCAGGGAGAACAAGUACAGUCGCGAGAUGAACGAGAACAGAGCAACCACGUCCCCCCCACAGUCCUCGGAGAGCGGCGACUUUGAUGAAGAUACGGACGAUGAUGACUUCCUGGAGCCUGAUGAUGACGACGACGAUGAAAGUUCGGAGAGUGACACCAGCGAAAGGAAGUUAUCUGAACCGCUGAUAACAAAUGAAAGUCACAACCCACUGCUGGAGGCGAGUCUGGAGAAGGCUCUCGACGCGCAAGAGCAGCCCAACUACCUCACUCCUGAGAACAAACUCUUCGAACUAGCGGACGCGAGUGUGGUGGAGGGCAAGGCGGCGCGCAUCGCCGCGGACUGCUCGAAGGCGGAGCUGCGCGCGCCCUGCUCCGCCGGCAGGAAGUGGAAGUGUGUGCUCGUCAACGGAAGGUGGCGACGGCAUAAGUGCAGAUACGAGUCUGAAUUAAACCUGCCUCAGUCAAAGAUGAGCACGAAGAAAUGUGCCUGCUUCACCCCCAGCGGUCUUGUCUAUACAAGGUUGGAAACUGAUGGAACUAUAGCAAGACGCCUUGCUGAAGUCUCGAAAGGAAACAGUACCCGCAGUCGAAGAUCUAUAGACAAUGAAGUGUACGAACCAAACACAGUCGAUAGUAUUCUAAAAGAAAACCCAAGCAUUGGACACUUGAGCUUUAAGAACGAACCUAUUGACGAACUAGAGAGUAGGAACACUAAGGAUAAAAUUGAUAAACUUAUAAAAGAAACGGAAGCAUUUCUUGAGGCUUAUGAACGUACCAAAGAUAAUAUAAAUCAUAAGAGAAUAAAACGUAGGGCUCAGCACUGGAGCCAUAAUAAACAUAAGAAAAACGACGCUAUCGUCAACAGCAAUGAAUCUUCUUUAGAAUGUAAGAUAGAAAAGGAUGGAAGAGUCAACUGUUCACAAAUAAUCUAUAACGACCUUAAAGCAUGGCACACUAACAGAUUAAGCUUAGAAGAUCAAAUAAGACAGUUACGGACGAAACUAGAAGAUCUAAAGGAAAUAAAGAGACAUUUAAAGACUGCUAAACCACUUGUAACAGAGACUCAACCACAAACCGUUCAUCCCACAUUUAUUAAUAAUCAUUUAUUCAAUAAGAGUUUAACGCACGAGCACAAUAGUUCAAAAGAACAUUUAAGGAAAGGAAGAUUUCAUAGGUUAAAACCGAAACACAGGAAUGUUACUACUACAGAGAAAAAGUUGAAACAGUCCAAUGAAUAUGUGGUGCCUACAGUAAAUGCACAAACCAAAGACGAAAUAAUUGAAAUACAAUUGAAAAACGAAACUAGUACUGAGGCUCCUACGAUACCGACACUGAAUAUAACAAACGAAGUAAUUGGAACUGUUAAUACUACCGCAUCUGAAAUUGAAAUACCAAAACCUCAGGUCACUACCAUAGUUAUUGAAGGAAACUAUUUAGAUCAAAAUACUUUAGACAAUGAUAAAACUACCGUACCAAGUAUAAUUACGACUACCGAUUCUAUUGUCACCACUGAAUUUACAAGGCAUGUGGAUGUCACAACGAAACGUAUACCUGAAGAAAACAGUACGGACCAAGGGUACUUCUCCCAUAAUGUCAAUUUCUUUAGCGCUGCUAUUGACAGAAUCCUUUCAACUGAGAAAGAAGGAAGUAGUACAACUAAGCAGACAACUGCAGAGACCACCACAACGAGUAGACCUACAACUUUGAGGGCGACUACCGCUGCGCCUUUAAGUCUGGGUCCAACGAGACUCGAUGCCUCUGAAUAUGAACAAAGAAAUCCUAACAAGGCGACUUCAAAGAACUUGGGCAUCUUUGAUAAGCCUGUUGAUGUCUUCCAGAGAAGACUCCACCCGCUAUUCAUUGAAAAUGAAGACAAACAUGUUUGUUACUGCGAGGAAAACCGAAAAAUGAGAGGCCCUGCACACAGCUACUUGGAGGCGGCGCAGAAGGUGAGAGAAGAACAGCGAAAACGAAAAGCACAACUGCUGCAGAAGAAAUUGAGAAAAGCAAGAAAGCGGGCGGAAUUGGAGAAGCUUUGCGAGUCUGAGCGUAUGAACUGCUACCGGCACGAUAACGACCACUGGCGGACGGCGCCAUUUUGGACAGCGGGGCCAUUCUGCUUCUGCAUGAGCACAUCCAACAACACGUACAACUGCGUCAGGACGAUCAACGCCACACACAACCUUCUCUACUGCGAGUUCAUCACUGGACUUGUUACCUACUAUAAUUUGAGAAUAGAUCCAUUCGAAACGCAAAAUAGGGUAAAGUAUCUGACACAAGCUGAAAGGGACUAUUUCCACAAUCAGCUACAGCAACUCCUUAGCUGCAGAGGACCAUCAUGUAGACGGUUCUCGCAUUCAAAUACAAUGGGUAGCAGCGAAGAAACUGUAAACAGACGAUUUGAUGACCGAUAUGAGGACCAUUUGUAUAGAGGCGACAAUAUUGGAUAUAAUGAAAGAGCAUGGCGCUGGACGGGGCGGCGCGUCCCGCGAGCGAGGGAGCCGCACAGGGAGCUGCACAGGCGCAGGCACAUGUCGCCCCACUAGUCGCUGUACUAUAAAUAUUUUGGAAAAUGACAUGACGAGCAGAUACGUGGACUGCUUAGCUUGUAAAGAGAUUUAUGACAGGCAGUACGGGGCGGGAGCAAUAACGAUAGUUCGAUAUUAUUUACGAAAGGAGUCGCAACGUGGCGUGAACAUUACUUUUUAGACCUGAGAAUUAGGUCUCGAGUGAAACCAAAAAUCCAGUGAAAAAUAUCAAAAUUAGUACGUAAAUAAAUUGUAGAGAUUAUAAGACGAACAGGUCAACUUAAUCUUUGUACGAAAAUUCGAUCAAUCUUAUUGCGAUUAUAUUUAUGUGACUGUCAUACUGUAUUUAUCCUAAUGUACUCUUACUAUACAUCGAAAGUAGUAGGGCUUCCUGUGUAUUCUAUAUUAUAAUGUAUCAUUAUACUAUAUGGCUGUUUCUAUCCUCUAUUUAUUGGAUAAGCAUCUUCUACCCGUAAGAGUAGAUAAAUUAUCACAUUAUGAUAAAUUGAAGUAAAUGUUUCACUGCCUGACACAAGUUUGAUAGUAGUAACUAUACUGUUUUAGAUUUCUUUUUAAGCGAAUACAAAUAGAUUUAAGUGACAAAUCCGAAGAGUCAUUUGGUACAAUAAUUUUUUAUAGGUCUAUCUUUCUAUGAGUCUGUAUACAUCUAGCUUUAAAUAAAUAUUCUGCAAUUUAUUAUUAUCCUUGUAAUAUUAUUGUUAUACUUAGCUUUUUGUGGGAGCUACACAAUAUGUUGUGUUAGUGAUGGCAUGUUUUGAGUAAGAGAAUGAAAGAUGGAUGUAAUAAUUAAAGUUUGUUGUAGAUGUUAUGAUGUAAACUAUGCCUGUAGUACACUUGCUAUUUAUCUAGUAGACAUUAAUGAAAGUGAUAUUAAACUGUUGCCAUUGUGAUGAUAAUGUGUAUUGGUUGUAAUAAUAAAAAUAUUGGAAAACA